CCAACCCAUUCCCACUUACUUCAAAGUUUCCCCCUCCCCACUCUCCAUUGUUCACUCGUUGCAGUGUGCUGAAUUUGACUUCUGGUCUCACCCAACCCCCGCUCUCUCUCUAUCUCUGUCUUUCUCAAAAUAAACGUUCUUUAACUCUCGCCUUUCACGAGUUUCUUCCUGACGCUUUUAAUAGCAACGGACAUAUAGUCAGUGAUUCACCUGCUGGGAACAGUACUGACCAAAAAAUGAUACCUCAAUAAAAUCUCUACUAUUCUUGGAUCCUUCUUUCUUUCUAUCCUUCAUCACUAGCAAGAUGAAUUGGAGUUGAAUUCAAUACGCGGUGAAUUUAGUUGGUAUUUAUCCAUACCCAUAUCCUGGGCGCAAAGUAGAAAAUAAAAAAGGUUGGUUCUUUGAGGUCCAGCCAUGGCGGAAGCUUCUCACAAGAGUGCAGAAGAAGGGAGUGCAAUGCCGGAGGCGGAGAAGAAGAAGAAGGAAGAGAGCCUCCCAUUUCUUCAGCUGUUUUCUUUUUCAGAUAAAUACGAUUGGGUUCUCAUGGCCUGUGGAAGCCUGGGAGCGAUUGUUCAUGGCUCUUCCAUGCCCGUUUUCUUCCUCCUCUUCGGUGAGAUGGUCAAUGGGUUUGGGAAGAACCAGGGAGAUAUGAACAAGAUGACCCAUGAAGUUUCCAAGUAUGCUCUGUAUUUCGUGUACCUUGGACUCAUUGUCUGCGUGUCAUCCUACGCAGAGAUAGCAUGCUGGAUGUACACUGGGGAGAGACAAUCAUGUGCAAUGAGGAAGAAGUAUUUGGAGGUAGCUUUGAAGCAGGAUGUUGGGUUCUUUGACACAGAUGCCAGAACUGGGGACAUUGUCUUUAGUGUCUCGACCGACACGCUACUGGUUCAAGAUGCCAUCAGCGAGAAGGUGGGGAAUUUCAUCCAUCACAUAUCGACAUUCUUGGCUGGGCUGGUUGUUGGUUUUGUGUCAGCGUGGAGGCUAGCGCUGCUUAGCGUGGCUGUGAUUCCCGGGAUCGCUUUUGCAGGUGGGUUGUAUGCUUAUACUCUCACCGAUCUCACAUCCAAAACCCGGAAAUCAUAUGCCAAUGCGGGUAUCAUUGCUGAGCAGGCAAUUGCUCAAGUUAGGACUGUGUACUCAUAUGUUGGUGAGACAAAAGCACUAAACUCGUAUUCAGAUGCAAUCCAGAACACAUUAAAACUAGGUUACAAAGCCGGUAUGGCCAAAGGCUUAGGAUUAGGGUGCACUUAUGGCAUAGCAUGCAUGUCAUGGGCUCUUGUCUUCUGGUAUGCUGGCGUUUUCAUUAGGAAUGGUCAGACCGAUGGCGGAAAGGCAUUUACCGCCAUUUUCUCUGCCAUUGUUGGCGGCAUGAGUUUGGGUCUAUCUUUAUCCAAUGUCGGGGCAUUUAGUAAAGGCAAAGCUGCUGGGUACAAGUUAAUGGAGAUGAUACGACAAAAGCCCACAAUAGCUCAAGAUGCUAAGGAUGGAAAGUCUUUGGCUGAGGUCAAUGGGGAUAUCGAGUUCAAGAAUGUGACCUUCAGCUACCCUUCAAGACCUGAUGUUUUUAUCUUCAGAAAUUUCUCCAUCUUCUUUCCUGCUGGGAAGACUGUUGCCGUAGUCGGUGGCAGUGGUUCGGGGAAAAGCACCAUCGUUUCUCUAAUAGAAAGGUUCUAUGAUCCCAACGAAGGUGAAAUAUUGCUUGACAAUGUGGACAUAAAGACAUUGCAGCUAAAGUGGCUGAGAGAUCAAAUUGGUUUGGUGAAUCAAGAGCCUGCACUCUUUGCCACCACCAUACUCGAAAACAUACUGUACGGAAAGCCUGAUGCAACAAUGGCUGAAGUGGAGGGUGCUUCCUCUGCUGCUAAUGCUCAUAGCUUUAUCACCUUGCUGCCCAAUGGCUACAACACUCAGGUAGGAGAGCGUGGCGUCCAACUCUCUGGUGGGCAGAAACAGAGAAUAGCAAUUGCAAGAGCUAUGUUAAAGAACCCAAAGAUUCUGCUUCUAGAUGAAGCGACUAGCGCGCUUGAUGCGGGCUCGGAGAGCAUUGUUCAAGAAGCUCUCGACCGUCUCAUGCUUGGGAGAACCACUGUGAUAGUUGCCCAUCGUCUAUGCACAAUAAAAAAUGUUGACUCCAUUGCAGUUUUACAGCAAGGGCAAGUUGUUGAGACCGGAACUCAUGAUGAAUUGAUUGCCAAGGCUGGUGGGGCAUAUUCUUCAUUAAUUAGAUUCCAGGAAAUGGCUGGCAAUAGAGACCUCUCAAACCCUUCUACUCGCCGGAACCGCUCAUCACGGCUUAGCCACUCACUUUCAACAAAGUCUCUGAGUCUUCGGUCUAGCAGUCUGAGGAACUUGAGCUAUUCUUACAGCACUGGUGCGGAUGGGCGAGUAGAGAUGGUUUCAAAUGCUGAAACGGGACGGAAGAGUCGGGCGCCUGAUGGGUAUUUCUGCAGACUUCUUAACCUGAAUGCUCCUGAAUGGCCGUAUUCAAUAAUGGGUGCCAUUGGGUCCGUUCUGUCUGGUUUCAUUGGUCCUACAUUUGCAAUUGUGAUGAGCAAUAUGAUUGAGGUUUUCUACUACAACAAUCCUGUUAGGAUGGAGCAAAAGACCAAGGAGUUUGUGUUCAUUUAUAUUGGAAUUGGUCUUUAUGCAGUUGUUGCAUACUUGAUUCAGCACUAUUUUUUCAGCAUUAUGGGGGAGAAUCUCACUACAAGGGUGAGAAGAAUGAUGCUGGCAGCUAUCCUAAGGAAUGAAGUAGGGUGGUUUGAUGAGGAGGAUAACAAUUCAAGCCUUCUUGCAGCUCGCUUAGCUACAGAUGCUGCAGAUGUUAAAUCUGCCAUUGCAGAAAGAAUAUCUGUGAUACUCCAAAACAUGACAUCUCUCUUCACUUCAUUCAUAGUGGCAUUCAUAGUUGAAUGGAGGGUCUCCCUCCUCAUUCUAGCUACUUUCCCACUUCUAGUUCUUGCUAAUUUUGCUCAGCAACUGUCGAUGAAGGGGUUUGCCGGAGACACAGCGAAGGCGCAUGCAAAGUCAAGCAUGAUCGCAGGGGAAGGAGUUAGCAAUAUUAGAACCGUGGCGGCCUUUAAUGCCCAAGACAAAGUCCUUUCUUUAUUCAGCUUUGAGCUUCGAAUUCCCCGAAGGCAAAGUCUCCGGCGUUGCAAUUUGUCUGGACUCCUGUUUGGUCUCUCCCAGCUUGCCCUUUAUUCGUCUGAAGCUCUAAUCCUAUGGUAUGGCGUGCACCUCGUUGAGAAAGGCCUCUCCACCUUCUCAAAGGUCAUUAAAGUUUUUGUAGUCUUGGUAAUAACGGCCAAUACGGUUGCUGAAACUGUCAGCAUUGCCCCUGAGAUCAUAAGGGGCGGUGAAGCAGUCGGUUCUGUAUUUUCCAUCCUGGACCGGCCCACCAGGAUUGACCCCGACGAUCCCGAUUCUGAUCCUGUGGAAUCGAUCAGGGGAGACAUUGACCUCCACCAUGUAGAGUUUGCAUACCCCUCACGGCCAGACAUCGCCGUUUUCAAGGACCUCAGCCUCAGGAUCCGUGCUGGGAGGAGCCAGGCUCUUGUCGGGGCUAGCGGGUCCGGAAAGAGCUCUGUCAUUGCCCUGAUCGAGCGGUUCUACGACCCGAUGGCCGGGAAAGUCAUGAUUGACGGGAGAGAUAUAAGGAGAUACAAUCUGAAGUCUUUAAGGCUUAAAAUCGGGUUGGUGCAACAAGAACCUGCCCUUUUCGCGACGACCAUUUUCGAUAACAUAGCGUAUGGUAAAGAAGAGGUGACCGAGGCAGAAGUAAUAGAAGCAGCACGUGCCGCGAAUGUGCACACUUUUGUUAGUGGAUUGCCGGAUGGGUACAAAACACAAGUGGGUGAGAGAGGGGUUCAACUCUCGGGUGGCCAAAAACAAAGGAUCGCGAUAGCAAGGGGAGUUCUUAAGAACCCCACGAUACUCCUAUUGGACGAGGCAACGAGCGCAUUAGAUGCCGAAUCGGAGUGUGUGUUACAAGAAGCACUCGAACGGUUGAUGAGAGGCCGGACCACCGUUCUCGUGGCCCACCGGUUAUCAACCGUUCGUAACGUGGAUAGCAUUGCGGUCGUUCAGGACGGGCGAAUCGUUGAGCAAGGAAACCAUUCCGAACUAAUCGCCCGACCGGAAGGCGCUUAUUCGAGACUCUUGCAACUACAGCACCAUCGAGUAUGAUGCAAUGAAUCAUAUCUUUCUUCUUCUUUUUUGAAAAGGGAGGCAAACUAUGCUCUCUGGUCCCAUUAACAGUUGCUUUCACUUUUCUUUAUUGGCUGUAGAUAUGGGGGGAUGUGAACUUUGUUAUUAUUAUCAUUACCUUUUUUUGCCUUUUUCUUAGUCUCAGCUUUUUUCCUUUUGCGUGUGUUUUGUGAUGUGUACUUUUCAGUUUUAGAUGAUAAUAUGGGAGUCAUCAUUUUUCUCUUGUGAGACGAAGGCCAACAGAAUGUAGGACACAUUCAUUUGGUCCCAUAUGAGUUGAAAUUAUUGUAAUAAAGCACUAUGGGUCUCAGAGUUGUAAAGAGGAAGGUUGCUUGCAUGUUCAUUUUGGUGCUAUAUGUAUAUAAAUUAGUUUAUGCUAUGAAGCCAGGUUGUGUUUUGCAACUGUUCUAUUUAUAUAUUAUAGUUUAUGAUAACAUAUGGG